UCUAGGCAUCAUUCUGUACGAGUUCCUGUUUGGCUAUACACCUUUCCCUGCAAGGUGCAUGGAGGGAGUGUUUUUGCGAGUGACAACUGAAGAGCUCACUUGGCCAGAGAGAGAGCUUGAUGUGACAGAUGAUGCCAAGGACCUCAUAUUCUCUCUCAUGAAGAAGAACCCUAUGGAGCGCCUGGGCACAAGAGGAGCACAUGAAGUGAAGAACCAUCCAUUUUUUCAGAACCUCGACAUGAACAACCUCCUGAGUGAGGUUCCUCUGUACAUCCCCCAGUUGGAGUAUGGGGAUACCUGCUCUGAGAAUGUAGGCGAAUCAGAGGUUGAUGUUCCUUCUGUCGAUGAAGAUGAAGAGAAGGAGGACAAUAUAUCUUUCAGCUAUUUGGCCUUCCGCUUCCGAAAGGCGUAUGACAGCCCUACACCAAUCAAGCAGAGCCAUUCCUCUCAGCUAAACCUCAAUGAAGGAAAUAUCCAGGAGUCUGCUGAAAGCCUGAAUGAAGAGGACGACACAACCUCCAGUGGAGAAAAUUUCGAGGAUGCAGUUGAAUACCUUGAUGAUGAGGACGACAUGACCUUUGAUGAAGGAAAAGUAGAGAAGGCUGCUGAAAUCCUUCAUGAAGAGGAAGUCAUGCCCCACAAUGAAGGAAAUGUCAAGGAGGCCACUGAAAUCCUGCCUCAUGGCACCUACUCCAUGUGGUGCAUUUAUCUACAGCUGCUUGAGCUGGCUGGAGAAUGUCACUCUACAAUCCAGAGUGGUAUGGUCAGCACCAAUGACUUCUUGAAGCUGGAGGAGAAACUGGAGAAGCUUCACUAUGAGAUCUGUGGAGCUUAUGAGGCACAAAAGACAGGUCAGAGAGUAGUUGAAUCUAAGACAUGACCUCCAUUAAAGGACAUGAUGAGACAAUGAGGAGACAGGGGAUGGGCAAAGGAGACAAGAAGCGGAAUAAGAAAAGUCAGGAAGAACCAGAAAGUUUCACCAUACCUCCAUCACUCACUUUCUCCUAUGGCUGUAAUGA